AUGAUACCGACCGAUGUGGUGCCAAUCAUAAUCACGACAACUGCCACACCAGCACCGACAUCUGUCACAAUGGUACUGCCUACACCUUUGACUACUUCUUACGAAAUGCUGAAUACAAAAACACCGAAUCUGUCCAAAGAAACUGAAGAAAAGAGGCAUGAUGUGGAUGUGGACGAGUUACCCAAGGCCAAGACGUUUAGUGUCAAGGAUGUGCUUCCAAAUGUGGCAAAAGAUGAAUCUGCUGCACUGGAUAAGGAAAAAAGCCCCGUGAUGGCGAUAACUUCGCCGGAACCUCUGACGACACUUACGACACUUCCGAUAGAACAAAAAUCAAAGGAGGAAGAAGAGGAUGUGGAAGUUCUACCCGAUUUCGACGAAAAAGGAGAUGUAGAAUUAGAAUUCCAUGACGAAUCUGACGUGAGCACGACCUCUACUACAGAAACGACGACUUCGACAAUUUCGGAAGUCGCGAAAUCACCGGAAACUCCACAAGCGAGCACAACUAUUCCCACUGUACAGGACCUGUUACCGGCACCUUCUGAUAUCAGCGAGAAAGGUAAGUAUCGCUGUUCAAUCGAUAUAUCGAUUAAUUAUGAUUAA